GAAAUCGUCAGUAGCUGUUCAUCCACGAAAAACGAAACUGCUUGCAAAUACUAUACCAAAGUAUAAUUAAAAUAACGUUAAAUUCUCUCUUAUUAAUAAAGAAUAUAAUUAAUAAUCAAUCAGUUGAAUAAAAUAAUAAAUUCGACUAUGUUAUUGGCAAGUUUGUCGGUGUUAUUCCUAUUAAAAAUUUUAAAUAUCGUUGCAUUUAAUUUAUCUGUUGAAAAUAAUUUAAAUGACGUGCACACGAUUCCUUUGGGAUCGGAAGCUACAUUUCAUUGGAGAAUCGAUUUAACGAGCAGAUUGGUAAAAGUUGAAAUUCAUUACGCCGGUGAUCAAAAUACAUGGUUCGCUGUUGGUUUUUCGGAUUAUGGGGAAUUUAAACCUGCAGAUUAUUGUAUUUUGUGGACCGAUUGGCAUCAACAAACUCAAUUACAGGACGCAUGGUCGGACGAUGAGGGUAGAUUGAUUCUCGAUGAAAAACAAAAUUGCGAUAAUUUUGCUUGGAAAAGAAGAAAUAAUACGAUGAAGUUUACAUUUACGAGAAAAUUCGAUACUUGCGACGAGCAUGAUUAUAUAUUCGAGAGAGGUACCACGCACAUUGUGUGGAUAAAAGGUCGAGGUCCUUUAACUUCAUUGGCAGGUUUAAAAAUAACAGAUGGUCAAUUUUCUGGCAUGGCUAGGACAGAAUUAUUACGUGUUACUCACAAAAAACCAAAAUUUCCUCUUGAUGCAUGGCAAUUCGACGUUACUGUGAAAAAUGUUCAAAUACCUAAUAAGGAAACUACCUACUGGUGUCGAGUAUUCAAAUUACCUCCUCCUUUAAAAUUAAAACACCAUAUUUUACAAUUUGGUCCACUGAUUCAACAAAAGAAUAAACAUUUAGUUCAUCAUAUUGAAGUAUUUCAUUGCUCCGGUCCAGAUGAUACAGAAGUUCCAAUGUACGAAGGACCCUGUGAUAGUGUUGAUCGACCACAAAAAACUCAGAUAUGUAAAAAAGUUUUGGCAGCUUGGGCUAUGGGAGCAGAUGCAUUUGUAUAUCCAGAAGAAGCUGGUUUGCCAAUUGGUGGUGACAAUUUUAAUCCACACGUCAUGUUAGAAGUUCAUUACAACAAUCCUGAACUCCAAGCUGGUAAUAUAGAUUCCUCAGGAAUUCGUUUCAUUUUUACAAAAAAUUUGAGAAAGUAUGACGCUGGUGUGAUCGAAUUGGGAUUAGAAUAUACCGACAAAAUGGCUAUUCCACCACGACAGGAAUCUUUUCUUUUAUCUGGUCAUUGUAUAUCUGAAUGCACCGGAGUUGGUCUACCUCAAAAUGGAAUACAUGUAUUUGGUUCUCAAUUACAUACCCAUUUAACUGGCACCCGAGUAACCACUCGUCAUUUUAGAGAUGGAAUUGAAUUACCUCGUUUGAAUUAUGAUAAUCAUUAUUCAACACAUUUCCAAGAAAUCAGAUUACUUCCUAAACCUGUUACAGUUUUACCAGGAGAUUCCUUGAUAACGACCUGUACUUACAAUACUAUGCAAAGAGAAAAUAUUACUCUUGGUGGUUUUGCUAUAUCCGAUGAGAUGUGUGUUAAUUACAUACACUAUUAUCCUAAUACACGUUUAGAGGUAUGCAAAAGCGCCAUUAGCGAUGAUGCACUGAGAACUUAUUUUCGUUAUAUGAGAGAAUGGGAAAAUCAAAAAACGAGUAAUGAGAAAGGAAUAUCUGAUAAUUACAAGAGUAUCGAAUGGAUUAAAGUUCGUGUUGAAGCACUUCAUGAUAUUUAUCAGGUCGCUCCUUUAGGAAUGCAAUGCAAUGGAUCUGAUGGAUCUCGGUUACCUGGUUUGUGGAAUAACAUAGCCGCAACUCCUAUCAGGUUGCCUUUAUCACCACCUGCUAGAGAUUGCUUUGAUUUUUCAUUUAAAACGGAUAUUACUAAUGAUACAAUGUAAUCUUUAUUUAGAUAUGAUAUUCUUCUUAUAAACCGUUAUAAUUAUUUAGUUUGAUGUGUUCGAAGUAAAUAAAUAUCUAAUUAAACAGAA